AUGGCGCCCGCACGCGGCCCAGGCAACACCGAGGUCUACGUCCACGAGAUUGAGCGCACCACCGAAUAUGCCGACUUCAUCCAGAAACUGAUCGCCUUCCACGAGAAGCGCGGCACCCCGUUCGAGCCCGAGCCUCGUCUUCCCACCAUGCACGGCCACGUGCAUGUCGACCUGUACCGGCUAUACAAGGCCGUCAUUGAGAAGGGCGGCUAUGAUGAACUAAAUAAGGUCCAGAAGGCAUGGGGCCUCCUUGCUGGCGAGUUGGGAAUGCAUUACGUCGACAGUAAGGGUAUGGGGCAGCUUUCAUUUCAGCUGAAGCAGGACUUCUACCGCUACCUUUGCGCAUUCUGGAUCCAGGACCAGUACGGCAAGGAACCUCCGCCGCGAGAGAUCCUCGAGCAGCAGUCAUGCGCCAGCAAGCAUGGCCCGGUCUUGACUCGUACCGUCGAGAACUUCAAGGCAUCUGCUAGGCGUUCAGGUGAGGAGACGCCUACCAAAGAAGACCGGCAGCCCGAUAGUACGCCGGCCUCGGGAAACAGAGCUUCGGGUCGACUCCGUGAAGCUCCUCCACAACGAGUCCCUUUCCAACCCGAGACGGGACCAAGCCGCCAGACCAGACAUGCCUCCUCGCAGCAUGGCACACCGACCUCCAACGCCUCGCAUAAUACCCACGGCGCUCAGCACAACCAUCUGCUGCCUCAACAUCAUAACCCCAACAGCCCCAUCCACAUCAUACAGGCGCAGCAAAAUGCUCUGCGGGGCGUAUCGAGCUCCUAUACUCCCGCGAACUCAGAGACUGCCUCGCGGUUAGGGGAGAGUUUCGAUCCACGGCCCCUGAUUACCGUUCCUCUCCGUCCGGUGAACACGCCCGGAAACAAUCCGGAAGAGUUCAGUAAACGACAGCGUCAACUGCGAAUGCAAGCUGCCGGCUUAGCAUCUGCCCGACCUGUCAUGCCUGGUGCUGGAUUUGACGGACCAAACAUAUACACACGGUGCCUCCAGUCCCUUCGUUCUGGUAUCCCUGCCGAGCAAAGUUUUGCUCUGAACCACCUGGUCAAGAUCUCAUACGAGCGAGGCGACAAGUACAAAUUCGAGUCGUUCCUUGGCUUGGCCGAAGGCCUCAUCGAGAAGGGCCUAGAGAUUGGCAGUCUAUUUCAUGAUGUUGAUUGGCAGGUGGCCUAUUUUGGCGAGCAAGACAGCUCCAACAUAGCCGUACUUGAUGGACUCAACGGGACGGAUGAUAUCCUUGAGCGCAUUGCAAAGCUUCCACGCAAGUCAGUCCUUGACUACAUGCAGCCUGCUGAGUUCUCAGACCGCCUUCUACGAAUAACGGAAUCAAUCCUGACCAUUCGAAACAUGGUCAUGUUGGUAGAGAACGCCAUCUACAUGGCUGAGGUCUAUCCUUUGAAGGAUCUUCUCUGUAUUGUUUUGCAUCUGCCAAACCUGGAAAUGCUUGUUGAGGUCAAGCAUUUCGCCCUGGACAUCGCCGAGCAGCUUACGCCUUGGCUGAUGAUGGAUUCUACUGACCCAUUGUACCAGACGCUGCUGAAUCAGCUGGGUUCUUCAGAUCGCGGCACCAUACUGACAUCUAUGCGUGCCAUUAGCCGUAUAUCGAUGAAUCUGGACGCGACCAACAAGCUGCAAAAUGUCCCGGCUGUGGUAUUGCAGAAUAUUAUGAACUGGCUCCUACUCAACGACGAAGAGCUAAUGGACGCCUGCCUGGAUUUCCUCUAUCAGUACACCGCUGUUGUCGCGAAUGUCGAAAGCUUGCUGAAAGCGGUCGAUAUGGAGCAUGUUGUACCCCAUCUCGUCAGACUGCUCGCUCACGGCGCCAAGCGGGUCAAAGAAGACAAGAUUCUGGAGCCGGAGCGGAAGGCACCAUGCUCUGAGGAGGUGGCCAGCUUACCGCAGGACCUGCAGGAGCAGCUGACCAAUACUGACGAGCCAACGAGAUGCUUCCGCUGGCUACAAAGCCUUUUCGAGGAAGACUCUGAAUCUCAUAUCACACAAAUAGCUAUAUGGCAAGCAUAUCAAGGGUCGUUUGGCGCAUUAGCGGGAGGUGUUCGGAAUACUCUGAGCGCGGCAGAUUUUAUCAGGAAUGUCAGCCACGUGUUCGUGAAUGCUCGGGCGCAGAUCAUCCGGGGGCCUGGUGAAGGUCAACGCUUUAUCAUCGAAGGGAUUCGGGCGCGGAAAUCACCGGUAGACUACGAAACCAAGGAGGAAUACAUGCGGUGUCAGUGGCAGGUUGUCAAGGGACCUUUCUCCAAGAGAUGCAACCAUUUCUACCUCGGUGGUGAGAAGAUGUGGCGUCACAUCUUGGCAGCACACCUGCGAGUUACGUUCAGCGAUGAUGGAGAGGUGGAGGACAAAGAGAUCACGACCUUUUGCGACUGGCUGGGCUGCGUCAAGUACCCGAAGCCGACCCGGAUGAAGUUGUCGGAGCUCACCCGUCACAUCAAGACCCACGUCCCUGCCGCGCCGAAGCGUUCUCUGACGGAUGGAUCAGAGCCCCUGGCAAAGCGGCAGAAGAGGUCCUACGUGACGCCAGCCAAGGCAAUGACUCUAGCUUGGGAGCAGACAAUCAUCACCCGAGAUGAGCGGAACCCCAAGCUUGAGCAGGCCGCCGGUAUCCCACUUAGUGCCGUGCUAGUGCUCCGCAACAUCGCGCGCAACGUGGUGAAGACGGAGGCCGAAGAGGAGCUUCUCAAGCAGCACGAGAUGGGAGGCGAAGGUGGCGGAUGGAACGAGAAGCUAUUCCGCCCGGUUAUGGUCCGUCUGUUCGAGGUCAUGACCGAGAACAAGGCUUUGGCCGGCUACAUUACGUCGCUUCUGCAACUGGUUCAAGACGACUGA